AUGUUGGGAUAGCUCCUUUUCAUGGCUGCCUUCUAGGAUGGCGCGGGGACCUAAGAAGCACCUCAAGCGUUUAAACGCGCCGAAAUCAUGGAUGCUGGACAAGCUCGGUGGAGUUUUUGCUCCCCGGCCCAGCACUGGACCCCACAAGCUGCGGGAGUCCUUGCCGCUCAUCAUCAUGCUGAGGAAUCGGCUCAAGUAUGCCCUGACGGGCGCUGAGGUGAAGAAGAUUGUCAAGCAGCGCCUCAUCAAGGUGGACGGCAAGGUCCGCACCGACACAAACUACCCCGCUGGAUUCAUGGACGUGGUGACCAUUGAGAAGACCGGUGAGUUCUUCCGGCUGCUGUACGAUGUGAAGGGCCGCUUCAUCCUGCACCGCAUCACCCCCGAGGAGGCCAAGUACAAGUUGUGUCGCGUCAAGCGUGUCCAGGUGGGCCCCAAGGGAGUGCCUUUCCUCACCACCCACGAUGCACGCACCAUCCGGUAUCCCGACCCCCUCAUCAAGGUCAACGACACCGUCAAGGUGGACCUGGCCACUGGCAAGAUCGACGACUACAUCAAGUUCGAUUCCGGAAACAUGUGCAUGGUGACCGGUGGCCACAACUUGGGUCGUGUGGGCAUCAUCACCUCUCGGGAGCGGCACCCUGGUUCAUUCGACAUUGUCCAUGUCAAGGAUUCUCAGGGUCACUCGUUUGCCACCAGGUUGAACUACAUCUUUGUGAUUGGCAAGAGCACGAAGCCGUACAUCUCGCUGCCUCGAGGCAAGGGUAUCAAGCUUACCGUCGCUGAAGAGCGUGACCGGCGUCUUCAGCUCAAGGCCCAGCACUGAGCCAAUAAAUAGACUUGACGCUUCCCUGCCAUUCUUUGUACA